AUGGUUGGAUGGAACUUUAAAUCGGAGCUUGUAGUUAUACCUCGCCAUAUCGAUGGCGACGAUUAUAUUAAGUACUUUCUUGAGCCUAUCGUUAAGCCAUUCUUUGAUAAACAGCGCGCCGAAGGGGUUUUUGAUUGGGUUUUUGAGGAAGAUAAUAAGGGGGCUCACGGCACGAAAUCUACUCUUAAUGCGCCAAACAACUUCAAGAAUAAUCACCGGAUUACACAGAUGAGACCAGGACAGCCAGGGAAUAGUGGAGAUCUCUUACCGAUUAAGAAUGUUUAG